AAUCCAAAAAUGAGAUCGAUUUGGAUCGCUUUGAGAAGGGCAUCAGUUGAUAACCAUACAAUAUGGAAAUGGAGUGACGGGAGCCCAUUUGUUUAUGAGAACUGGCAGCUGUUUCAACCAAACGACUGCUGCGGAGAUGACGUAACGUGUGCAAAAAUGAACUGGUUGCUGCUCAGUGGCGCCUGGUUUGAUACUUCCUGUCUUGAAAAGCUUGGAGUUGUUUGCAAAUAUGACCCCAGUAUGAGGACUGUGCCAAUUACAACUACUGAAGCGAACUCUGUUUUACGAGAAAAUCCGAAUCCACUAGAUGGUGAGUCAAUAAAAUUUACGUGCGACGCUGUUACGCAGAACUUGGCAGUUCUAAGAUAA